ACUUUAAACGAAAGACGCUGGGGCAGAUGUGGGUUCGGCGUCUGCAGGAGCAAAAUUCAUCUGCAGCCAGGGCCCUGGGGAAACUGGGACGAUCUCCGGUUGGGCAGCCGGACCAUGUGACCUGAUUGCCAUGGCACCUGUGGUCACAAUCGGCUAGAGCUCUUUGUGGUCUCGACCCCGCCCACUCCUGCUUCCUGAGACCUGAGGAUGACCUUCCCUCCCUCGGGGGGCCCACACACCCACCAAGGCACUGCAAGCGUCUGAGCAUUCUGUGAGGUGAAGGCCAGUCAAACCAGGACCUACGCUGCCCCCUGAGGCCCCAGGACAACAAUGAACGAGGUGAAAGAGUCCCUCCGCAGCAUCGAGCAGAAGUACAAGCUCUUCCAGCAGCAGCAGUUCACCUUCAUUGCAGCCCUCGAGCACUGCCGGGAGAACGCCCACGACAAAAUCCGGCCCAUCGUCAGCAUUGAGCAGGUACAGAGCUACAUGGAACACUACUGCAAUAACUCUACAGACCGGCGGAUUCUGGUCAUGUUUCUGGACAUCUGCUCAGAGCUUAACAAGCUCUGCCAGCACUUUGAAGCCCUGCACUCUGGCACCUCUGUCACCAACAGCCUUCUCGAAAAAUGCAAAACCCUGGUUAGCCAAAGCAAUGACUUGAGCUGCCUCAGAGCGAAGUACCCGCAUGAUGUGGUGAACCAUCUCAGCUGUGAUGAGGCCAAGAACCACUAUGGAGGCGUAGUCAGCCUCAUCCCUAUAGUCCUGGACUUAAUGAAAGAAUGGAUUGCUCAUUCCGAGAAGCUGCCUCGCAAAGUGCUGCAGCAAGUGAGUGAGGUCCUGGGUAGCCAGAGAGCUGCUAAAGCACCCUCUACCAAAUCUGCUCAGCACAAGGUUUUCCAGCUCUGGUUAGAAAAACACAAGCAUAAGCAGGUUGCCAAAGAAAGUCUCAACUCUAGGGAGAAAAGCAAAGGCUCCCAGAAGCCUCCCUGGAGACCACCUGGUGGGAAACUGUAACUGACUGUCAACGACCUUGGCUUCCACUGGUCAUCUAUUUUCACUGGAGGCCAAUACACAAUUGAGAAUCUAUCUCUUGCUUUUCACUUCUAACAUUUCCGCCUCUUUGACCUCUGUGUUGCAGAGGGAUCCUCACUCACGGAGCUACCCAAACAAUAUGGUGUUGGGAGGGCAUGUCCCAGAGGAAGGGCACUCUGCUGAUGCCCAGCCUUCCUGCCCACACUGUGGCCUCUGGCUCUGCAGUGAGCCAACUGGAGGGGGCCCACUUAGCUCCUUGUCUUGGUAAGGGCAAGCUAGGGAUGAGCUGCAAGGUCUCAUGAACAGGUAUGUGGUGGGGUGGGGGUUGGGGGAUUAGAAGGCUGAACUCAACAAGGGAUGAGUGUUCUCCCUCUUAGCUGGGAGAGGGAGACCAUAGCAGAAGUUACAAGAAUUCUAUUUUGUUGAUCUUGAGCAAGGAACGGCCUGGUCUUGACGGCAGUCUGGUCUCCCCACACUGUAAAAUGUGUAUUUCUGGUGUUUCUGCUCGCCAGAAGUAAGGUCUGACUGUUGGUUUUUCCCUUCACAGGGGACGACUUAGCUUCUGUACUGUCGCUUCCUCGGGGGGAGACAUUCAAGAAUAAAGUGUUCUACCACUUCUCA